AUGGAUCCUCCGAAAGAAGGUUCCGGUGAGACCGGAAUCUCUCCUUCCGGCAAACGUUUAAUGAAGGUUAAACAGGAGAUCGGUGAGAAUAUGAAAAGAGAUAAGAAGGAAGCUAAAGACUCAAUCGCGGGGAGGGUCUCUAAGCGGGUGAAGAAGAAGGAUGGUUCUGGCGGGAGCACCUCUUUGGGGCCUCACUCGCCUUCUUUAUUGAAGAGCCAAGAGGUCGUUAACCUCAUGGUUCAAGCCCACGGUCAGAAGGAGUUGGCCAGGGUUUGUUCCUCCGACGAAACCCCUGAAACCGCCCCGGAGGGUUGGUUUUGCAUUCAUGAGAAGUAUAUCUCCAAAUGCCACCUUAGGUUUCCGCUUCCGGACCUCCUGCUAGAUCUCCUUGACCAUUAUCAACUGGCCCUUUCUCAGCUUUGUCCCUCGGUUAUCCGGGUGAUAAAUGGUUUCAUCACCAGGGCUAAGGAGGAGGGGGUCGCUGUUGGACUGAUCGAACUGAUGAGCCUUUAUACGAUCAAGGAGAGCUCUAGUAAGGAUGGUGGCAGCGGUACCUACUACCUUCCUUGUCGUCCUAGGCUCGGUCUUUUUAAGUCCUCCGGAUUUUUAGGAACGUGCCUUGCUUAUUUCAGAUUAUUGUUGUUUGCUGAACCCUUGAUUUCAUAUGCAUAUAUCGAGGAUCCUCCUAAGCUUACUGAUAAGCUGUCUAGAGCUCUUUUUCGGAAGCUACAUCAAAGUCCCAAUACUUGGGCGUCUUUUACUAUUUCUCGCAUCGGAUCAGCCAGGUUCCCAGAGCGAUACAACGCCAGUUUCCUCGACCCGAUUCCAGCUAAAGAUUUGGAAGUUUCUGAAGGUCCUUUCGUGGUAGAGAUUUCGACUGGAGCUAGCACUUCUGAAACAGAAAAGACUCAAGCUCCCAAGAUGAGGCCUUCUUUCCGUACCAGGAGCAAACCUGCUGCAGCUGCCAGUGCUUCGCGAGGCAGGGACAAGACUCAAGGAGGAGCCUUCCUUAGCUCGCUAAAGAGGGAUGUUAACCCGGUCGAGACCAGAGUUAAAGAGGUUGCUCCUCGUUCUGAGGUCCCGCCGGUUGAAGUUAACCCUCAAGCUGCUAGAGAUCCCCUCGAGAUCGAGACUCCGAGAAACAAGAGGUCUCGGACUGAUUUGGGAAAUAUGAAGACGGUAGGUUGCUCCAUGCCUUCAAUCAAUGGUUUGACCAACAAGGAAGAAUACGUUGACAUAGCUCAUCACCUGGGUCAGCUAGCUGGAGCCAUCAACAGAGCUCAGCUGAGGUUCGAGGAGACCAUGCGUGGUGCUCCUAGUGCUGGAGAUUUAGCUCAAGCUACUGAGUUAUUCAAGACCACCAAGAUGGAGCUCGACCUGGCUCGUGCUCAGGUCUCUGAGCUUGAAGCUAAGGUCGGGAGGCUCGGUCUGAAGGUUGAUACCCAGCAGGGGAAAAUCGAAAGUCAGGCUAUCGACAUUCAGGUGAAGAACAGGAAGAUCAACGAGUUGGAGGCUGCUCGCAGGAUAGGUGAGCAUCAGGUUCAAGAGAUGAUCGUCUCAUCUCAGGUCAGCCAAAGGAACAAAGAAGCCGAGGUUAAGCUAGCUGUCAGGAGAGGUAAAAAGGAGGUAGCUGAUGCUUACAACAAGAUCCUGACCUCUGUGAAAGAGAAGUUUGUCAAAAAGAAGGACGAAACCGAUGCCCUGAUCUAUGCUCAGGAACUUCAGGCAAACACCGAACUUCUGAAGGAUCUAUUGUCCAAAGAGAUUGAGAAUGCCGAAGAGGAGUAUGAUCGUUUGAUGGCUUUGAUUCUGGAAGCUGCUGCUGCGUGUGAGAAAGCCUAA